AUGGAUUGGUUAAGUAGCAAUUAUGCCACUAUAAGGUGUCAUCAGAGAGAAGUGGUAUUUCAAAGACCGGAGGAGAGGGAGUUUACAUUCUAUGGGGCAACUGUUGGUAAGUUACCAAAGGUCUUUUCUGCUAUGAAAGCAAUGGGGAUGUUGAGAAAGCCUGAUGUUCAAGGAUUUCUAGUAAACUUGAUGGGGUCAACACCAACGGAGGCAACGGUGGAGGAUGUCGAGAUAGUUCGUGAAUUUCCUGAUGUGUUCCCUGAAGAAAUACCAGGACUACCGCCAAACCGACAAGUGGAGUUUACCAUUGAUCUCGUACCAGGAGCAGCACCAGUUUCUAAAACCCCAUACCGAAUGGCACCUAAAGAGUUGGAGGAACUAAAGGCACAGUUACAGGAGCUGUUGAAUAGAGGGCAUAUUAGACCGAGUGUGUCACAAUAG